CGGGACGGGAAGCCCGGGAGCCUUUAAAGGCUCGGCCGGCAGCGGGCCCGGUGCUGCGGGCUCGGCGGGCAGCCAGCGCGGUGGGACCGGACCGGACCGGGGUGGCACCGGGACAGGAGGCUCCGUACCCCGGGACCUGCCUGGGGACACGGAAGGGGCCAUGGCGGCCACCGGGGCCGGUGCCCUGGGCUGGCGGCUGUGGCUGCUGCUGGUGGCCGUGCACUGGGCUGCAGGGGCCCGGCCCUGCAGCCCCAAAUACUUUGGUGGCGGGGCCAUGGUGUGCGUCUGCAACGCCACGUACUGCGACACGCUGGACCCCGUGGUGCUGCCGGCGCCGGGCACCUACGUCAAGUACGAGAGCAGCAAGGCCGGGAAGCGGCUGGAGCGCAGCGAGGGGAGCUUCCAGCGCAGCGCCGUGACCCCAGAUUUCCACCUCACCCUGGACACGGCGCAGCGCUACCAGAAGGUGAAGGGCUUCGGUGGCUCCGUCACAGACUCGGCUGCCAUCAACAUCUUGUCCCUGUCCAAGGAUGCUCAGAAUCACCUUCUCCGCUCCUACUUCUCCGAGGAGGGCAUCGAGUACAACCUCGUGCGCGUCCCCAUGGCCAGCACCGACUUCUCUGUCCGCCUGUACACCUAUGCUGAUGCAGAGGGUGACUUCGAGCUGAAGCACUUCAACCUGACAGAGGAGGAUACGCGGAUGAAGAUCCCCAUCCUCCGGGCAGCCCAGGCAAUGGCCAAGCGCCCGCUGUCGCUCUACGCCAGCCCCUGGACCUCCCCGGUGUGGAUGAAGACGAACGGCGCGAUGACGGGGAGGGGGACGCUGAAGGGCAGCCCCGGGGACAAGUACCACCAGGCCUGGGCCAAGUACUUCAUCCGGUUCCUGGAUGAAUACGCCAAACACAACCUGACCUUCUGGGCAGUGACAGCGGGGAACGAGCCCACGGCUGGGGAGAUCAUCUUCUACCCCUUCCAGUGCCUGGGCUUCUCCCCCGAGCACCAGCGGGACUUCAUCGCACGGGACCUGGGCCCCGCGCUGGCCAACAGCUCCCACCGCGACGUCCGCCUCAUCAUCCUGGAUGACCAGAGGGUGAUGCUGCCCUACUGGGCUGAGGUGGUCCUCAAAGACCCCGUGGCUGCCAGCUACAUCAGCGGCAUCGGCAUCCACUGGUACCUGGACUUCCUGGCGCCCAUCGACCUCACGCUGUCCAUCACCCACCACCUCUUCCCGGAUUAUUUCCUCCUCUCCACCGAGGCUUCUGCCGGCUCCUACUUUUGGGAGCCCAGGGUGGUGCUGGGCGGCUGGGACCGCGGCAGCAAGUACAGCCACAGCAUCCUGACGAACCUCAACAACUACGUGACGGGUUGGACUGACUGGAACCUGGCCCUGGACAUGAAGGGGGGCCCCAACUGGAGCAAGAACUACGUGGACAGCCCAAUCAUCGUGGACAGCAGCAAGGACGUCUUCUACAAGCAGCCCAUGUUCUACCACAUGGGGCACUUCAGCAAGUUCAUCCCGGAGGGCUCGCAGCGUGUGGGGCUCGCUGUGUCCAAGAGGUGCCACCGCUGUGACCUGGAGCACUCGGCGUUCCUGCGCCCUGACGGCGCCGUGGUCCUGGUGGUCCUGAACCGCUCCCCUGCGGACGUGUCCUUCGGGAUCUCUGACCCACGGGUUGGCUUCUUCGAGGCCACGGCUCCCAGUGACUCCAUCCAGACGUUCCUCUGGAAGCAGCCAGCCUAGGAUGGAUGUGGCUCGUGGAGAAGGGAGCUGCUGGCACCAGGAGUGUGGUGCUGGAGGGGGGCUUGGGGACAGGCCCCUGUGUGGGGCUGGGGACACCGCAGGGGACCUGGUUGAUCCAAGGGCUGUGAUGCCUGCUCUUUUCUAGAUGUUUUCAUACAAUAAACAGGUUUUCUACAGCCUCGCCUGCAGCCCCUCUGCCCUCCCUUGCUGGACCGUGCCAGGGGCCAGAGGAGGCAGGUUUGGGGCGCAGGUACCUGCUGUGAGCUCUAUGGGGUUCCUGGGGGCACCCUGGGGACUGGGCCCAUGCAGCAGGGAGGCAAAGGGCUGUCACCCCAAGGGACAGCAUCCCCCCCACUGCAGCAUCCCCUGGGCAGGCACCAGGAGCUGGCAGGGACCGGGAGCUGGGAUUGAGCACAGAGCCCAGACGUCAGCAGCUCCGGCCAGAGCAGGCGGCUGCGGUUUCUGCCGCUGGAGCAGCAUCAGCCCUCCCCGGCUAAUGGGAACCGGGAGCGCCGGGUACAUACUUCCCGAGUGACGUGAUGGGGGGAGAGGGCCCGGGGGGGCUGCAUUG